AUGUCGCUCCCCACUCUAGAGUUCUUGCCAUCCCAGCCAGUCAUUCACCGAGAGCCUCUUCCGAUUGAGAAUAUUCCUUCCAGCUGGCCCUUGCUUGGGUCAGACCGCGGUCGUGUCGAUGGCCUCCAUGCUAUACAGGAUCUGAGCCACAUGAUUAACACGACAUCCGCAGACGUGACAUCCGAGGCGCACAAUGUUGGCCUCACAAGUGUUUUUCUUGAUGGUUGCCUUCAUAUGUUUUUCACUCGUUUUGUGCCGUCCUUUCCUGUCGUUCAUGCUCCCACGUUUGUUUUCAAGGAGUGGACUCAUCCACUACUCCUCAAUGCCAUCGCUUUGGGAUCCCUUUUCAUGGGAAAAUCGGACUACGUUGCAAAGGGAGAAGUGCUCUGGCGACUUGCACAUACGGCUGUAGCAACAUCGUGGCCCUCUUUGAUCAAGCAUCGAGGUCCCCGUGACAGCUGCUGUGGAGUUCAGCUAGUGCUUACUGCUCUCCUUGGUCAAGUCUACGCCAUGAUGUCAAAAAAUGUAGUUCUACGCCAAACCGCCCAGGUUUUCCACAGCCUCGGUUUCUACUGGGCUCGCGAGACUGGGAUGUACGAUUUCUCGUGGCAAGACUGGUCUGAUAUCCAGGAACCUAGCCAAGUGUCAGAGUUGAAUGAUGAGAGCUGGAGAAGAUGGGCAGCUCGAGAGACCCAACUCCGUGCCUUGUUGGGACAUUAUAUUUUGGAUGGACAAAUUUCUGAAUACAGCGGAAGUCCCACGUGCCAGCGACAUACUACACACUCUCUCCCAAUCCCAUCACCUGACUCAGUCUUCGAAGCGUCCACAGCGACCCAGUGGUUCGCGGCCCAGAGGGAACAGACAGGAGAGCACACCCAUUUCUUAGGAUAUUUCAGCAGUCUAUUCUCUCCUAAUUUUCAUCUCAGACAUAUGGGAGUAUCUUUGACUGGAUUUACGGCUUCUGUAUUGCUCGAGGGCCUCAAGUCCAUUGUGUCCGACAAGCCAAAGAUUGAAGUGAACGCUGUUGGUUUGCCCUCACAGCCUGAAAUAGCGAGGGCGUUGGGUCACCUAUAUGGGUGCAUCGUCCAGAGCACUGCGCUAAAUUCUGUGGUCAAGCAAGCCAUACUACUCAGGUGGCACACCAUUGGCAUUGAUGCUGCGGUGAAGUCGGGAUGGCUAUGUCAAAACCUCUGUCGCUAUCAUAAUCUCGAACAAAAUAUUUUCAACGGAGCGAAAGGCCCAGCAAUCGAGCUGCUUUCCUGGAGUCGCUCGUCGCUUGCUCGUCUUGCACUACUUCAUGCUACAUGCAUACACGACAUUUUGAGGGACCUUCCAAUGACGAGAACCCAAUCAGUUCACGUCCCAUCAGCCGCAUUUAGCGCUGGGGUCGUGUACUGCGCCUUUAUGACGACCGGCACUUCAAAUAUACGGGUGCCGGACGUUCUUCAUUGGGAGAGCCUCCUACUUGUUGACCACGACGGACCGCUUCCUGUGACAAAUGCAGACUUGGACAGAGGUGCUCGUCUUUUCUUACGAGAUACUCCAACUACGCAAGGAUUGAACACCAAUAUCGUCUACGAUCUCAAUCUCUUCUGCAAUACCCUUCAAAAUCUUGAACAAGUGUGGGGAUUUGCUGGCAUCAUGUACUCAACCCUUGAUCGGCUGGCGUUGUUGUCAACACAGGCCUAA